ACAGGGGAAGUCAGGCGGGGAAGGCGCGCGCGCCUGGAGGGACAACGCGGGGACCCCCGGCCGCCGGACUCCUGCCGGAGCGGCGGGGGAUGUCCUCUAGCCCCUGCGUGGCCGCCGCGGCGGGGAGAAACGGGGCUGCUCUCCCCAGGGCAUGAGCCGCCCCUGAACUCCGUGCGCCGCGACCUCCCGGGCGCAGCCGCCGAGUCCCCGGGCGACCGCCCCUCCUCGCCGCGGGGGGCGGCGUGGCCUUCGGAGCCCGGGGUUCUGCCGCCUGCUGCCCUGCGUGCAUGUGCGGGGCCGCGGCCCGGCGCCUCCGCCCCCCACCCGGUGCUUGUUACCCGGCGGCACGUUUCCCCGCUCGGCGGCCGCGGCGGCGGUGGCUGCAGCAGCAUGGCGAGCCCCCCGGACACCGACGGCUUCUCGGACGUGCGCAAGGUGGGCUACCUGCGCAAACCCAAGAGCAUGCACAAGCGCUUCUUCGUGCUGCGGGCGGCCAGUGAGGCGGGCGGCCCGGCGCGCCUCGAGUACUAUGAGAAUGAGAAGAAGUGGAGGCACAAGUCGAGCGCCCCCAAACGCUCGAUCCCCCUGGAGAGCUGCUUCAACAUCAACAAGCGGGCUGACUCCAAGAACAAGCACCUGGUGGCCCUCUACACCCGGGACGAGCACUUCGCCAUCGCGGCCGACAGCGAGGCCGAGCAGGACAGCUGGUACCAGGCCCUCCUGCAGCUGCACAACCGGGCCAAGGGCCACCACCACGAUGGCGCCGUGGCCUCCGGGGUGGGAGGCGGUGGCGGCGGGGGCAGCUGCAGCGGUGGCAGCUCGGGCCUGGGCGAGGCCGGGGAGGACCUGAGCUAUGGGGACGUCCCCCCGGGGCCCGCGUUCAAGGAAGUCUGGCAGGUGAUCCUGAAGCCCAAGGGCCUGGGGCAGACAAAGAACCUGAUUGGUAUCUACCGCCUCUGCCUGACCAGCAAGACCAUCAGCUUCGUGAAGCUCAACUCCGAGGCGGCCGCCGUGGUGCUACAACUCAUGAACAUCCGCCGCUGUGGCCACUCUGAGAACUUCUUCUUCAUCGAGGUGGGCCGCUCAGCCGUGACCGGCCCGGGGGAGUUCUGGAUGCAGGUGGAUGACUCCGUGGUGGCCCAGAACAUGCACGAGACCAUCCUGGAGGCCAUGCGGGCCAUGAGCGACGAGUUCCGCCCACGCAGCAAGAGCCAGUCGUCCUCCAACUGCUCCAACCCCAUCAGCGUCCCCCUGCGACGGCACCACCUCAACAAUCCCCCACCCAGCCAGGUGGGCCUGACCCGCCGCUCCCGCACUGAGAGCAUCACCGCCACGUCCCCCGCUAGCCUGGUGGGCGGCAAGCAGGGCUCCUUCCGGGUGCGCGCGUCCAGCGACGGCGAGGGCACCAUGUCCAGGCCAGCCUCGGUGGAUGGCAGCCCUGUGAGCCCCAGCACUACUCGAACCCACGCCCACAGGCACCGAGGCAGCUCCCGGCUGCACCCACCUCUCAACCACAGCCGUUCCAUCCCCAUGCCUUCUUCUCGCUGCUCGCCCUCGGCCACCAGCCCGGUCAGCCUGUCGUCCAGCAGCACCAGUGGCCACGGCUCCACCUCCGACUGCCUCUUCCCGCGACGCUCCAGCGCCUCGGUGUCCGGCUCCCCCAGCGACGGUGGCUUCAUCUCCUCCGAUGAGUAUGGCUCCAGCCCCUGCGACUUCAGGAGCUCCUUCCGCAGCGUCACCCCGGAUUCCUUGGGCCAUACCCCGCCAGCCCGCGGUGAGGAGGAGCUGAGUAACUACAUCUGCAUGGGAGGCAAGGGGGCUGCCACUUUGGCGGCCCCCAAUGGCCACUACAUCCUGCCUCGGGGUGGCAAUGGGCAUCGCUAUGUCCCCGGUGCUGGCUUGGGUCUGAGCCCAGCGCUGGCCGGAGAGGAAGCGGCCACUGCUGCCGACCUGGAGAACCGCUUCCGAAAGCGGACCCAUUCGGCUGGCACCUCGCCCACCAUCUCCCACCAGAAGACGCCCUCUCAGUCCUCCGUGGCGUCCAUCGAGGAAUAUACAGAGAUGAUGCCCGCCUACCCACCAGGAGGUGGCAGUGGAGGCCGGCUGCCUGGCUACCGGCAUUCCGCCUUCGUGCCCACCCACUCAUACCCGGAGGAGGGUCUGGAGAUGCACCCCCUAGAGCGACGGGGGGGCCACCACCACCACCGCUCUGAUGCCUCUGCCCUCCACACCGACGACGGCUAUAUGCCCAUGUCCCCCGGGGUGGCCCCUGUGCCCAGCGGCAGCCGCAAGGGCAGCGAGGACUACAUGCCCAUGAGCCCCAAGAGUGUGUCGGCCCCGCAGCAGAUCAUCAACCCAGUCCGCCGCCACCCGCAGAGAGUGGACCCCAAUGGCUACAUGAUGAUGUCCCCCAGUGGAAGCUGCUCCCCUGACAUCGGGGGUGGGCCUGGUGGUGGUGGGAACAGCACCACCCAGUCUGGGAGCACUUACGGCAAGAUGUGGACAAACGGGGUAGGAGGGCACCACUCUCACGCCCUCCCGCACCCCAAACUGCCCUCUGAAAGCCGUGGCGGUGGGGGCAAGCUCCUGCCUUGCACAGGGGACUACAUGAACAUGUCGCCGGUGGGGGACUCCAACACCAGCAGCCCCUCCGACUGCUACUAUGGCCCAGAAGACCCCCAGCACAAGUCGGUCCUCUCUUACUACUCCUUGCCAAGGUCUUUUAAGCACACCCAGCGGCCGGGGGAGUUGGAGGAGCCCCCCCGACACCAGCACCUCCGCCUGUCCUCCAGCUCGGGGCGCCUCCUCUACGCUGCUGCAGCUGCAGAUGACUCUUCAUCCUCCACCAGCAGCGACAGCCUGGGCGGGGGCUAUUGUGGGGGGCGGCCUGAGCCCGGCCUCCCGCACCUGCACCACCAGGUGCUGCAGCCCCACUUGCCCCGCAAGGUGGACACAGCCGCCCAGACCAAUAGCCGCCUCACCCGGCCCACCAGGCUGUCCCUAGGAGACCCCAAGGCCAGCACCUUACCGAGGGCCAGAGAGCAGCCCCCACCCCCACAGCCGCCCUCACUGGGCCACUACCCUCCCGAGCCCAAGAGCCCAGGGGAAUACGUGAACAUAGAUUUUGGGAGCGAGCAGCCUGGCUACUUAUCCUGCCCUGUGGCUUCGCACAGCUCGCCUGCGGUCAAGUGUCCAGCUCAGCUCCAGCUGGCUUCCCGCCAGGAAGAGACAGGCACAGAAGAAUACAUGAACAUGGACUUGGGGCCCGGCCGGAGGGUGGCCUGGGAGGAUAGCCCCAGAGGCCCACCAGGAAGAGGGGUCCCUGCCCCCCCAGGGGCCCCCAGCCUAUGCAGACCGCAGCGGGCGGUGCCCGGCGGCCGGGGCGACUACAUGACUAUGCAGAUGGGCUGUCCCCGCCAGAGCUACGUGGACAUCUCACCUGUGGCCCCCGUGAGCUAUGCGGACAUGCGGACAGGCUUGGCGGAGGAGGCCAGCCUUCCUGGGGCCACAGCGGACACGCCCUGUUCAUCUUCAGCUGCCUCGACUUCCCCCACGGCUCCUCCGGGAGGGUCUUCUUCCCUGUUGGGGGCCCCCCAGGGCCCCGGGAGCGUGAGCGCCUUCACCAGGGUGAACCUCAGUCCCAACCACAACCAGAGUGCCAAAGUGAUCCGCGCCGACCCGCUAGGGUGCAGGAGGCGCCACAGCUCCGAGACCUUCUCCUCCACACCCAGUGCCACCCGGGCAGGCAACGCGGUGCCCUUCGGUGCGGGGGCUGCCAUGGGGGCCAGCGGGGGCGGCAGCAGCAGCAAGGAGGACAUGAAGCGCCACAGCUCGGCCUCCUUUGAGAACGUGUGGCUGAGGCCUGGGGAACUGGGGGGAGCCCCCAAGGAGCCAGCCCCUGUGUGCGGGGGCCCCGGGGGCGUGGAGAAUGGGCUGAACUACAUAGACCUGGAUUUGGUUAAGGACUUCAAGCAGCGCCCUCAGGAGCGCCCCCCGCAACUGCGACCCCCGGCACCCCCAUCCCCGCGCCAGCCUCUGGGCAGCAGUGAGAGCGGCUCUGCCAGCCGCUCCAGCGAGGAUCUAAGCGCCUAUGCCAGCAUCAGUUUCCAGAAGCAGCCAGACGACCUCCAGUAGCUCAACUGGACAUCACAGCAGAAUGAAGACCUAAAUGACCUCAGCAAAUCCUCCUUUAACUCAUGGGUACCCAGACUCUAUUUUGUCGUGAUUCACAACCAGGACCUCGCAUCUUCCUCCUCAGUAGAUGGUACGAUGUAUCCAUUUCAGUUUGUUUACUUUAUACAAUCCUCAGGAGUUCGUUGACUGAACUGCACAUUCUCUAUUAUGCCAAGCAAAAAUAAUAAUAAUAAUAAUAAUAAAAUAAAAUUUCAAAAGCACUGUGACACCAGAACAAUGAGUCUGCAUAAAGUUCAUCUUCAACCUUAAGGACUUAGCUGGCUACCCAAGCUGAUGGGCCCACCGCCAUGCCAUGAGAGAAGGGGUCUCCUCUCAUCACACUGACAGGAUACAUUUUCAUCUGCUGCUGGAACUGUGCACGACCACGCGUCAUUGUAAAUUAUCUCACAUGGAACUGUUCACGUGGGGUGGAGAGACUAUUAAAUAUUUAACAUAGGUUUUGAUUUCUAUGUGUAAUUUUUUAAAUUAAAAUGUAACUUUUCUUAUAGCACAUCUUUUUUUUGGAUGUGGAACUGAGGUAUACAAUGUUCUGUUAUAAAGAGUGGAGUGAAUGCUUAAAACAAGGCCUGGGAGGAAAAAAAAAAGUAGACUAGGGUACGAUCCUUGUUUUAAGAGUGUAGUUUAGACGAAAAGAAGAAGAAGUAUGGUUCUCAAUUGUAUAGUUCUAUUUGCUGAUACUUUCUCUUGUAAUAUAGCUCUGAAGUUGAGCUGAGAUCCUGACAAGAGUUAAUCCUAAUUUUGUAUUUUUUUCCCUGGAAGGCAGUAGGCUAUGUUAAUUAAACUGAAGAAGGAUAUAUUCUACUGAGGAUUUCCAAGUGUCAGCUUAAAAUUGGCAAUUGAAUGGAAGCAAAAUUACAAGAAAAGGAAAUCAAAGUCUUCCAUUGUAUAUACUGUAAAGAGAAGGAGACAUGAGUGAUCCCUUCAAAUCAAAAGCUCUCUUUGGAAUGAACAAUGUGGGUGUUUGUAAAUUCUGGAAAUUUCUUUCUAUUCAUAAUAAACUAGAGACUGUUGAUCUUUUCUUCUCCCCCUCCCUCUCCACUUCUGUAAGCUUCCUGCUCCAUUAACCACUUUUUCCCCCCUGUAUACACGUUUAGGGUAUUUGUUUCCUGUGUUGUCUCGAGAAAGAUGGUAAGACAAGGGGGUGCUUGUCUUUAACUUCUAGCCAGAGAUCAAAAUUCCAGAAAGUGGUGUUUUCAUGACCAAUGCCACAUGUCAUGUUCCUUGAGACCCUCAGCUCACAUUUUCUCAGAACCUCCAGUGUUUCAUUAGCAAACUGAUUGUAAUUUGGCCCUUUUGCCCUGGUGGGUAUGAGCCUAUUCAUGAUUAGCUAGGAAGACCCAGUUCACAGAGAGCACACAACCACAUAAAGACAGAACCUAUGGAGUUUUUCAUCUUUUCACUAGAAAACCCCUCAGGGUUAAGUAGAAUGAUACCCAUCUUGGGCUCUUGAAAACUCUCCUCCAUCAGGAAUUCCCCAUCCCGCUGCUCAGAUGAGCAGUGUUUUAUUUCUCUGCCGGGUUGAACUCUCAGGGUGAAGAUAGGACUGCUAAGAAGGGUUCAGAGUUGGGGAGAGAUGGCAUUGCAGUGGCUUCUGCCCCUCAAGAAAUGACAUCUACACACACACACACACACACACAGACACACACACACACACACACACACACACACACACACACCCUACCUUUUCAAAGGGGAAUGAGACUCAGUGGAACCCUCCACACUGCAGAGGCCUGUGUGAACAUUGACUUUGCUGAAUGGCCUGACAGACCAUGUGGUCUGUGGUUCCCUGUUCUUCUCGGCAGAUUCUAAUCACUCAAAUGCUCAUCCACUUCCAAGAUAACUAGGUAUGGAGUCCUAGGAGCUCAUUGCUUUCAAGGAAUGGGCUGAAUUCCAAAAUUUCUUAUUAAGAGAGAACAUUAGAAAUGUGAAAAAUCUACUAUGAAAGGGUUUUAUUUUUCACUUUCAUGAAAUUACUUUCAUGGUUCAGCUGCCAUUUUUCAAUUACUCAGACUCUUGCUAAUGUAGGGAGCAGUAAGCUUUCUUUCCCCAACCCCCACCCUUGAAUGCGGGGUGUAAGUCAUUAAGGAAAAAUCAAUGAAAAGAAUCAACUCCAAUCAUUCUCCUGUAAAGUUGGUUAUUCUUUCCCAAGCUAGCCUUGGAAUAUAUAUUACCAAGGCAUCUCUGCAUGUGGAUUCAAAAGCAUUUUUUAGAUGAGAACAGACUGGAAAAUUCAUCUCUUGACUUCAUUUCUCUGAUGUUUCCUUGAGUCAAGUAGUCUUUAACAGUAGAAAUUCUUAUUUAAGCUGUUCCUAUUGUCCCCAAAGCUGGGUUGUAAGGUGAUAUCAAACUUCACCAAUUGGAAACUGGAAGGUGCGUGGAUUCAAGGCGGAAACUCAAGCUCUGGCCCCAUUAGAAGUUGACCUUGAGCAAUAUCGGCUGUUAAGUCCUUGUGUUCAGUUCCUCUUGAAGAAAGUUAGCUUUUAUCCAUUUCAAAGUACUUCUGAGUAAUGUAAGCUGAGAACUGGCAUUAAUGGAACUUCUAGUGGCCUCUGGGUGACCUGUAAGUCAGCAGCAUUUUCCUUCUGAUACAAACUUUCAUAGUGUUCUUUCUUAGAGACUUGGGCAGAGGUUUAAAAUUCUCCUUUGUGGAAAGAACAAAUAUGUUUCAUGACUUUGAUGCUAUCUGCAUUCUGGGUUUUAAAAAAAAAUGUCCUAGAACCAGCUAGAAGAGAAGAGAAUCCAUUAAUGAUCAACUACGAGUCAAUAGUGACAAGUCAGCACUGAUGUGACACUGUGGCUCUUUUUUCCUGACCGUCAAAGGUCAGGGACUCUCUUGACUCAUCUAGAGUGACUGCAAAAAAAUGGACUGACUAAAAAUCAGAUAGCCAGAAGUGAAAUUUUCAGACCUUCCCCUCCCCACCCCACCUUUUUUUUUUUUUCCUUCUUCCCGUCUAUUAUUUCUUAGCUGGGCUAUCUUUUCAAAUAUUCAAAAAAUAGCUUUACUCUCCAUAAGAUACAGUAUUUUUGCAGUUUUGUAACCCUGUUUUGUUUGAUCUCAUAUCCUUAAUGUAUUGUGCCACAUAGUUGGGAACUUUAAUUAUACUGAAGUUGAAUUCAUGGUAAGUGCUCUGACUUCAUUGGCAGAACUUCCUGGGUCAGUUUUUGUCACAAAGAGGCACUGAAACCAGACCACAUGGAAUUAAGACCUUGAUGGGACGGAAUGACAGGACUCUUCAGACAUGUACAUGGGAAUUAAUGUAACUCAAGUAUGAAAUCUCUUUUUAAUGACUUGACAGGGAACCUGUGUUCCUAGGACAUGUCAAGUACUAGUUGGAGGUAGUGUUGCCUUUCUAAAGGCUGCUGAGAAAGGAAGAAGCAUGCUUUUCUAGGGAGACAAGAAGGUUUGACCUUGUUGAUGCGUAGAGCAGACCUCCAGCCUGAAUUUGAUUCUGUGAACCUAAGUUGUCCUUUUGUCAAUACAAUGCCAUGGUUUAGACAUGGAUACCUUUGCUCUUUUCCACAGCCAUGUCAAAGAUCUUAGAGGGCCUAGCCUACUUCCAUUAAUCAGUAUCCUAAUUGUGGGGGAAGAGUUAUCAGAUGCCAGAUUUGGUAUCUCUCUGAGUCCCCUGAACAUCAAUUAGGUCCUGAGAGGGAAUAGGAUUAUACGGAGAGUGACCCUAAACCCUUAACAACAUCAGUAGUAGAGAGUUCAGAAGUAGCUCAUAGAAUUGAAAGUGUGUGAUUUAACUGGUGAGUUACCUUCCUUUGCUAGUGUCUUGAGAACUUGGUGUUCCUGGUGGCAGCACUAAGAGUUCUUAGACUGUUCCCUCCCCUGACCCGGAAGUCCCUUCUUUUGCUUAAGUCCCUACUGCUAACAUGUGCCACAUGCUAGGACAAAUGUAGGAAAACAGGAAGAAAAAACAAACGUUAACCUGUAUUCUAUAGACAUCUUUAGUUAGGUUUUUUUUUUUGUUUAAAGAACUUUGCUAUUGGCUUAAGAAUGUAGUUCCCAGAACAAUUUUCCUUACACCUUUUGGCUACAGGGUGGGCCAGAUUAAAUUCAUCUUUUUUUUUUUUUUCUCAUUUAAUGUCUGUGCAGUUUGGUUGAUCAUCUGAAGAUAGUGGUGCUGUUCAUGGUGCUACUUCAUCUGUGUAUAAAAGGACCAAUGCAUGGUCUCUAUUGCUACCAAAACAUUGAUUGUAUAUAUGUGUAUAACAUGUACUAUGUAUAUAUGUAAUGGGUACCAGGCCAGGUAUAUAUUUUUAUUUAGAAGUGUUUCACUUUUCCAAGUUUUCUUUAUAGUGUUAUGCUUAUUUUCAGUUUUAUUUUCUUCUGAUUCUGUCUGGUACUUAGAACUGUAGUGUCUUCAUCGUUAAUUAAAGAAAACUGUCUAAAUGAA